GUCUAGUCGCUGGAAAAGAGGCGCGAGGAGUGCGAGUGCGGGUCCAACGUAUCUAAUUUAUACACAUAUCCAGCCGAUUCCGAGUCCGUAACUCCGCCAUCCGAUCCGGUCCGAUCCUCUUCGCAUCGCUCCGUUCCCAUCCCAUUCCAUCGCAUCGCAUCCCCUGUGUGUGGGUUGAUAUACGCGAUCAUUUCGCGCUGGUUGCCUCGGCGAGGGGCUGUCACCGUUUAGUUGUGCGCUGGCCGAGCAGCGAGUAACAUCCGGUCCACCGAUCCGAUACGAUCCUAUCCGAUCCGAUCCGAUCCGAUCCGCAAAACCCAAUCCAACCCAGCCCAUGGAUAGCUGAUCGAUCCGUGUGUACUGUGUGGGAAGUGUGCGUGCGCCGAUCGAUUGGUUUUCUUUUUUGUUUUGGUGUUUUUUCUGUGACCUGGUGAACAUUGUUGACCGAUCGAAACAGAGAGAGAGAGAGAGAGAGUGAGAGAGAGGGGGAGAGUGUGUGAGAGAGAGAGCAAGAGAAAGAGGAUCCCGACAAGCAAUGGAGGUGCUGAAGAAGGACGCCGCCCUGGGCUCACCCAGCAGCGUCUUCUACUUCCUGCUGCUGCCCACGCUGGUGCUUUGGUACAUCUACUGGCGAUUAUCGCGGGCUCACCUGUACAGGUUGGCCGGACGACUGCCGGGACCACGGGGACUGCCCAUCGUGGGUCAUCUGUUCGAUGUGAUUGGACCCGCUUCAUCUGUUUUCCGAACAGUCAUCCGCAAAAGCGCCCCUUUCGAGCACAUAGCCAAGAUGUGGAUCGGGCCCAAGCUGGUGGUCUUCAUCUACGAUCCGCGGGACGUGGAGUUGCUGCUGAGCAGCCAUGUCUACAUCGACAAGGCAUCCGAGUACAAGUUCUUCAAGCCCUGGCUGGGCGACGGACUGCUGAUCAGCACAGGUCAAAAAUGGCGAUCGCACCGCAAACUGAUUGCACCCACAUUCCAUCUGAAUGUCUUGAAGAGCUUCAUCGAGUUGUUCAACGAGAACUCGCGUAAUGUGGUGAGGAAACUGCGUGCGGAGGAUGGUCGCACUUUUGAUUGCCAUGAUUACAUGAGCGAGGCAACCGUGGAGAUUCUAUUGGAGACUGCGAUGGGUGUGUCGAAGAAAACGCAGGACAAAUCGGGAUUCGAGUAUGCGAUGGCCGUGAUGCGGAUGUGCGACAUCCUUCACGCCCGCCAUCGGAGCAUCUUUCUGCGCAACGAGUUCGUGUUCACCCUGACGCGCUACUACAAGGAGCAGGGUCGCCUGCUGAACAUCAUCCACGGCCUGACCACCAAGGUGAUCCGCAGCAAGAAGGCGGCCUUUGAGCAGGGCACCCGUGGAUCCCUUGCCCAGUGCGAGCUGAAGGCAGCCGCCUUAGAGCGGGAACGGGAACAGAAUGGUGGUGUUGACCAGACCCCAUCAACAGCUGGCAGCGAUGAGAAGGAUCGGGAGAAGGAUAAGGAGAAGGCCAGUCCGGUGGCGGGACUGUCCUAUGGACAGUCGGCUGGUCUCAAGGAUGACCUGGAUGUGGAGGACAAUGAUAUUGGUGAGAAGAAGCGGCUGGCCUUCCUUGAUUUGAUGCUCGAAAGUGCACAGAAUGGAGCACUCAUUACGGACACGGAAAUUAAGGAGCAGGUGGACACGAUCAUGUUCGAGGGACACGACACCACGGCAGCCGGCUCCUCGUUCUUUCUCUCGCUGAUGGGCAUCCACCAGGACAUCCAGGAUCGCGUACUGGCCGAACUCGACUCCAUUUUUGGCGACUCCCAGCGACCGGCCACAUUUCAGGACACACUGGAGAUGAAGUAUCUGGAGCGGUGUCUGAUGGAGACGCUGCGCAUGUACCCACCCGUUCCAUUGAUCGCCCGCGAGCUGCAGGAGGAUCUCAAGCUGAACUCGGGCAACUACGUGAUUCCCAGGGGCGCCACGGUGACGGUGGCCACCGUCCUGCUCCAUCGCAAUCCGAAGGUCUACGCCAAUCCCAACGUCUUCGAUCCGGACAACUUCCUGCCGGAGCGCCAGGCCAAUCGCCACUACUACGCCUUUGUGCCGUUCUCUGCGGGACCACGCAGCUGUGUGGGGCGCAAGUAUGCGAUGCUCAAGCUGAAGAUCCUACUGUCGACCAUUUUGCGGAACUACCGUGUCUACUCGGACCUGACCGAAUCGGACUUCAAACUGCAGGCGGACAUCAUCCUAAAGCGUGAGGAGGGAUUCCGCGUGCGCCUCCAGCCGCGGACCAGUUGAACCCCGGUGGCCGCGACGAACAUCAGCUAGGCGAACCAGGUGGACCAGGUGGAGCGGGUGGGGCAGGCGGAACAGGCGGGCAGCACACCAUACACCGUACACCGCAAACAAUAAGCUACACAGAACGGACACUUAUCCAUACAUAUAACUCCACUUGUUGGCAAGUGAUAGUCACCGGUUUAUACAGUAAUAUUGAUAAUAUUAAAUAAUAAUAAACGUGCUCCCACACUCGAUUUAUUGAAUAGUAUAAUGAUUAUUUUUUUGACGCAUUUAACACAAAAAGCAACCACAACUAUCGUCAUCUUCCUUUAAUUGUUCUACUCCUCUUUUUUUUUUUUGGUUAUUUAAUAAUUAUAAUACCUAUUUGUGUGU